ACACCAUCUGUGGCAAGAGGACACAACCAUCUACCACAAUGAUGUUUCUUUCAGGACUUGUUGGCUUCGUUCUGCUGCUCACAGCUGAGGCCGGAGUUGGAAACUCCUCUAAAGUGGAGUUCUGCUUUGAAACACCAGAGUGUCUGCUGUUUGAUCUCAUCUGUGAGACCAGCACAUAUGAGGUCCGUCACUAUGAUUCUGUGAAAUGGGCUUCAACCAAAGAGUCAUCCUACGCCUUUGAAUUUGCUGCCCCAAAAAUGUUUACACGACUGUUUAAGUACAUCACUGGGGAAAAUGAAGGAGGGAAGAAAAUCGAAAUGACCACACCAGUUGUUUUGAGAAUGCCUGAGAAGAAGCUUUGGGAAAAGGGUGACUUCACAAUGAGCUUUCUGCUGCCAUCUGAACAUCAGUCUAAUCCUCCCAAACCCACAAAUGUGGAUGUAUACAUCCACGAAACACCUGAAAUGAAUGUCUAUGUGAAGAGCUAUGGAGGAUGGUUGGCAACUUUGUCUGACAAACUCAAGUCAAACGAGCUCUCCUCCGCCCUUGAUGCUGUCAACGCAAAGUACAAAAAGGGACACAGAAGUGUUGGUUAUAACAGCCCUAUGACUAUACUGAAGAGGCACAAUGAGGUGUGGUACAUUGUUGAGGGUGAACCUGUGUGUAACACAAGCGAGUGAUUGGAAGCAUCGUCUCCCUCCUGGAAGCUGGGAGCCUCUUUACUGCACCUGCUGCAAGUCAUACAUGUAACCAUCCAAUCUAAGAUGUAAAUGAAAUGUAUAGCUAUAAUUUUGUCCCCCUGAUUGUUUUCUUUUUAUUCAAUAAAUUCAACUUUUGCAGU